CUGACCUUCACCGUCAACAUAGAUUUGCCAGACUGUAUGUAACUUUUGGAAAAAAAUCAUAUCAGUUUCGUUUCAUUUAAGUAUUUUCAAGUAUUAAUAUAAAUCGUAGCGUAAUCUUCAAUUAAAUAAAACUGAUAGCGAUGAUAUUUUAUGAAAAUAUUUACAACGUAUCGAGCUUUCAGUGCGUUAGAUUUAAUUUGGGCGUUGGUUUUUUUAUUAAAGUGCAAUGUUAUUAAUACUUGCAGCUUUAACCCUAGUUUUUACAUAUUUAUAUUUUGUGUUUACUACGCCUUUUUGGGAUAAAUUUGAAAUUCCUUACUUAAAACCGAAUCCGUUCUUUGGAAAUUUGACGGAUGUUGUUUUUCAAAAAGCUAGCUUAGUGGAUGUUUAUAACAGGAUUUAUAGAAAAUUUAAAAACAGUGCGUACGUUGGGAUUUAUAUAAUAAGAAGGCCCGGAAUUUUAAUUAGAGAUAUUGAUUUGGCUAAAGAUGUUUUAAUUGGUAACUUUAGUCAUUUUCACGAAAACGAUUUAGAAGUUGAUCCGGAAUAUGAUCCGAUUUUUGGAAAUAACCCGUUUACUAUGAAAGGUGAAGAAUGGAAAAUUCAAAGAACUAAACAUGUACCUCUAUACACAAUAGCAAAAAUGAAAAAUAUGUUUGAAUCGGUAAAGGAUAGUUCAGAAAAAUUAGUAAAAUACUUAAAAGAACAUACCGUAAAAAAUAGUUGUGUUGAAGCAAUGGAUAUUUCAGCAAAAUACACUAUUUCAAACGUGGGUAGUUGUGCCAUAGGAAUAGAUAAUCGAACAUUAGAAGAAAAAAAUUCAGAAAUGCGUCAAAUGGGGAAAGACUUAGUAGAAAUAUCAAUUUACAAUUCAAUAAAACAAUUUUUAAUGAUUGUUAUUCCGAGUGUAUUCGACUUUUUCAAGGUAACUUUGGUCCCAACAAAAGUUUACAAAAGGCUUAAAAGUAUUAUCAUUGAACAAAUCGAUUAUAGAAACAAAAAUAAUGUGAAACGGAACGAUUUUUUUGAUAAUAUUCGUAAACCUAAAGGAAAAGGUGCCGAAUUAGAAGAAAUAAUCGCCCAUGUUGGCGGAUUUUUCGUAGAUGGUUUUGCAACAAGUUCCCACGCCUUAAAUUUCACACUUUACGAAAUCGCCAAAAAUGUAGAUGUCCAAAGAAAAUUACGAAAAGAAAUCGACGAAACCAUUUCAAAAAACAAUGGAAAAAUCACCUACGACAUUUUAAAUGAAAUGGUUUACUUAGAAGCCGUUAUUUUGGAAAGUUUAAGAAAAUAUCCCCCUUUAGGAUCGAUGACGAAAUUGUGCACAUCACCGUUUACGCUUCCUCCAGCAACUCCGGCCUCCAAUCCAAUCAAAAUUCAAGUUGGAACACCCGUAGUAAUUCCAUUAAUGGCCAUUCAAAACGACGAUAAGUAUUAUCCAAAUCCAGAAAAAUUCGAUCCUAGCCGAUUAUUACCAGGAAACAAAGAAUUUAUUGAAAAAAAAGCUUUUAUGCCAUUUUCAACCGGCCCGAGAGCUUGUAUUGGACAAAAAUUUGCUUUGAUGCAAGCUAAAAUGUGUAUUUUUAAACUUUUGGAACAUUUUAAAUUAAAAGUUAAUUCCAAAACUAGAGAACCUAUUAUGUUACAUCCGGCUGCUGUUUUAAUUACUGCUAAAGGUGGGAUUUGGUUAGAUGUUACUAAAAGGAAAUAAAAAUAAAAUUUUCAGGAAAUUAAAAGUA